UAUCGAGAGGAGAAGGAGCCGGCCGGCGAGGCAGAGAGAGAGACGACGUGCACCGAGGAGUACCCGGCGUAACGUUCGUGCGGUGCGUGCUGUCGUCGAGACUAGUCGUCGGUGGUUGCUGCUACGAUCCGAGAGUGUUCCGAUCGCUCUUCGUGCGUACACUUCGCUUCUUUUUUACAAACGCAUAGAUACGUAUAUAUUGUAAGACGAAACACUCUCGAUAUAUAGACAUAUCGGUCGUGAGAGAAAGAAAGCGAGAUACAGCUAGAGAUAGAGAUAGAGAAGGGAAGAUACACGCAUAUCAGGGAAGAGAAAAAGACUUUCGCGUACGAAGGGCAAUUCUCGAUCGAGAGUAAAAGAGAAUCAGUUUCGAAAUGACGAUGGCUACCGAAACGGAGAACAACGGGCCCGAGAGUAAGGAGAUAAAGGACGUGAAAGAAAUGAAAGAGGCUCUGAAGGACGAGACGCCGCCGGACAACAAGCAAGAGGAGAAGGACGCCGCUAAGAAGGAGGAGGCCGGGAAAAAGGAGGAGACGGCCGACGCCGCCGGUGCCGGCGGCGGAACCGCCGCCUCCGCGGCGUCCUCCGCACCGGCGAAGCCCGUCACCGUUCAUAAGACCAACUACGAGAAGGACGUUGUUUAUCUCUAUCAAUUCUUCCGUACUGCGCUUUUGCCCUCGAUUUCACCUUAUUGCCUCAAGGUCGAGACGUGGCUACGAUUGAAUGGUAUCAAGUACGAGAACGUCGAUCAUAAGAUGAAGUUCCGUUCGAAGAAGGGCCAGCUACCAUUCAUAGAAUUGAACGGCGAAGAAAUCGCCGAUAGUACAAUCAUCCUUCGCGAACUUAGCUCAAAGUUUGGCAAGGAUUUAGACGCUGCGUUGACCUCGGAACAACGAAGUGUAUCACACGCGAUGAUAUCAAUGAUCGAGAAUCAUUUGGUUUGGGCAGUCGCGUGCUGGCGUACCAAGAACAUGGAUCAAGUUUUGAAGGGCUACAAGGUCAAUCUCCAACAUGCCCUUGGGACACGCAUUCCAGCUGGAAUCCUUAAUUUCUUCUUUAAGUUCACGUUCGGGCGCAAGUGGGAUUUAUUACAGGGUGCGAAGAAAGUGAAGGCUCAGGGUAUGGGCGUGCACACACCGGAGGAAGUCUCCCAAUUUGGUUGCGCCGAUCUGAAGGUCCUUUCCGACAUGUUAGCCGACAAGCCGUUCUUCUUCGGUGACGAGCCGACUACGUUGGACGUUGUCGCAUUCGCUCACCUCGCUCAAAUUCUUUACAUCGACAAAGAGACGCCAUACAACCUAAGGGACUACAUGCAAGAGAAUUGCCCGAAUCUGGUUGGUCAUUGCUCGCGUAUGAAGGAACGAUGCUUCCCCGAUUGGGACGAGAUCUGCUCCACCUUGGACAUAAAUACGCACUUGCCGAAGCCAGAGAAGCAGGAGGAGGGUAAGGAGGGUAAGGAAGAGGCAAAGGAAUCGAAAGAAUCGAAGGAGGAGAAGGAAGGCGACAAGGAGAAGGCGGAUAAGGAGGAGAAAGAGAUGGAGAAGGACAAGGAGGUCGAUGAGAACAAAGAAAAGGAGAAGGAUGGGAAAUAAGCUGGUGGUGGUUGCGUGGCAGAAAGUAAAAUCGUUCGUUGAAAGGAUUUAACAGAGGAAUAAUUAAGGGUGUGUUGUUCGCGAGUGGGAGAAAGAGAGACGGAGCGAGUGAAGGAGAGGAAGAUCGAGAGGAAGAGAGGGAGAGAGUCUUUUGUAUGCGUGUGUGUAUGCAUGUGUCUCUUCUUUUCUUGGUUGUCGUCUGUGAAUCUUGUGUGUGCGUGUGUGCGUGUGUAUGUGUGCUUGCAUGAGUGAGUGUGCAUGAAAAUGAUAGGAAUGCGUAAGCGUGUCUCCUUGAAGGACGGACGAUGACGAUGAUGACGAUGGCGACGACGAAGACGACGACGAUGAUAAUAACGACGACGACGACGACGACGACGACGACGACGACGACGAGGAUGAUGAUUAUUAUUGUAACGGAGAUUGCUAAGAGAGAGCUAAGAGGUUAGGAGAAGUAGAAUGGUAAAAGGAGGCGAAGGAAAGUUUGAGAGAGAGAGAGAGAGAGAGGUAGGAUGAGAGCAAGGCGUGGAAGAAGAGACAGAGAGAGAGAAAAAGAAAAGAAAAGAAGUGUUGACGAUCAGCAGUGCUCUCUACUUAUGCGUAAAUAGAUUAUUAUUAAUAGAAUCAUGUAUAAUGUUAAUACUUCGUUUAUUAUAACGCGUUCGACCGCACCAACGUUGUACGCCAUUUCUCAUCGAUACCCUUUAAGGACACGCGCGGAUUCCAGCGACGCAACUCAUCCGAGCCCUUUUUCCCACCCUCUACGUGUGCUCGUACUCGUAUAAAUGUGUUUGAGAUAGAGAGAAAGAGAGAGAGAGAAAAAAAAGGAAAGGGAGAAAGAAAGAAAAAUUGAGUGAAAGUGAAAAUGAACGAACGGGAAUAAAUGACGACGAAUGAUUGCGAAUGAGUGAGCGAGCGAAUGAACGGGUGUGAGAGAGAAUGAUAACCAGGGCGCUAUUAUCGUGAGUCGAAGUAGAAUCCAAGUAGGUCUUUUGCAAUAUAUCGAAAUGCAAUAGCCUAACGCAGGUGACAUCUCUUUUUAUCAGUGGCCAAAUGCAAUCUACGCUAGGGAAGAAUACGUGAAAUCGCGUGAAUUAUUCACGAAGAGGUUUUUAACAAAAAUUAGUAUGUGUGCAUGAGAAAGAAAGAAAGAAAGAAAGAGAGAGAGAGAGAGAGAGAGAGAGAGAGAGAGAGAGAGAGAGAGAGAGAUAGACAAUGUAAUAUCGAGAGGUCCAAGCGUCUCCCAGCGCCGCGUCGUCGUCGGGACGCUUCCUGCGUCGACCUUUUGGCCCUUGCUGUGCAAAGUUACCUUGCGUUUCGUGCAACGUAACGUAUACUUCUUCUACUUGUACUACUACUACUUCUACUUCUACUUCUACUUCUACUUCUACUUCUUUUCUAUUUCUAUAUCUUCUAGUUUCUCCGUUUAGUUGGUUGUCUGUCUCUAUUUAGCCGCGAGAAAAAAGUCCUUCCUCGCGAUGUUCCUUUUCCUCCUCCUCUUUCCCUCCUCCAUUUUUCUUUUUAAAUACCACCGUUCGAUAUAGAAUCUACGAACAAUCUCCCGCAGAGAUAUGUUUAAUCGAAUUUUUACUGCCGUCUCGAAUGAACGAAAAUAAUAAAGAAAAAGAAAAAAAAAAAAGAAAAAAAAGAGAAAAAAAACAACAAAAAGAAAAGGAGAGAAAAGAUAGAAGAAAGAAAGGAAAGAAAGAGAGAGAGAGAGAGAAAGAGAGGAUAGCAAAAUACGUGCUUUUUAUCUGAACAGCCUAAACGCUAAAACAACAAAGUCGUUCGUUCGUCGAGAAAUCUCGGAUUGACUGAAAAAUAAAGAGAACAAACGAAAAAAAGAACUUGAUUAAUUAAUUAAUUAAUUAAAGAUAAGGAGAUAUAUAUUAUAAAAAAUUAAAAAGACAAAAAAAUUAAUAAAACUUCUCGAAGCGUACGACUUUCGUUCCGGAGAGAAGGACAAGUUUUUAACGCUCGAGUGUGCAAAAGAGAGAAUGUGAGAAAAGGAAAGAAAGAGAGAGAGGAAGAGUGUGAGAGUGAGAGAAAGAGAGAGAGAGAGAGAGAGAGAGAGAGAGAGAGAGAAAGGAAGAAUGAAUAUGAAUGACUCCGUUCAUUCGUCCGAUUGAUCGAUCGAUCGAUCAAUCAGUCGAUUCGAUCUAUGAAAUCAAAGUGUUAGCACCAGAAUAAAAGGAACGUCGAGAGAAGAGUAACUCCCUCGAGCGAAAAUCGUAAAUUUAAUCGAGCAGUUUAGCACAGAAGACGUCUUUUCUACGAUCUUAGCAAUAUUUUUCUCUUAUUUUCCUAUUUUUUUUUUUUUCUUUAAAUAAUUUUUACAUUUUCUUUCUCUCUUUUAUCCUCCCUCCCUCUCUCUCUCUCUCUCUCUCUCUCUCUCUUUCAUUAAUUCUCUCUUUCUCUCUCUCACUCUCACUGUCACUCUCAUAGUAUCUCACUUUGUACCAUCACCGUCAUCACUUUUCUAAUGAUUUUAUUUUCUCUUUUUUAUUGUUCACUUUUCGUUUAUUAAAUUUCUUUUUUUCUCUCUUCUCGUCGUUUUCUCUCAUGGCGAAUCAUCGUCCAGGCGCCCAGAGAUCGUUCACUCUUCUUCCUCUACCUUUUCGAUUUUCCUAUCCCUCUUGUUCACUCCUACUCUCCUUCCACCCUUAUUCCUUUUUUUAUUAUGUCUACCCAUUUCCUUACACACGUGUUUUAUAAAUAUUAUAUAUGUAUCUAUGUAUAUCUAUUCUCUCUCUCUCUCUCUUUCUCUCUCUAUCUUUCUCUCACGAUAGAUAGUUCGCUUUUAAAGGAUUACGUUUCUUCGUUCUCUUUUAAUGAUCUUUUUAUCGCUCUUCUUUUUUUUUUAUAUAUAUUUUUCUUUUAUCGAUGCGUCUCUCUCUCUUCCCCUAUUAUAUUAGUUCGUUAAUUAUUUUACUUUGUUUUUAUUAAUUUUCUUUUUUCUUAACUUUUGUUUUCUUCUCUUCCCGCAAAGCGAAGACUAUACUUCUCUUUACGCGACAUCGACGGCACACUUUCUCACUAUUGCUUAAUUCUUUUUUGUACAUUGUAUAGAUCGUUUUUAAUGAGAGAGCGCGGUACGCUAGAUCCGAUUAAUGACAACGGAAGGAUGCGUACAUGCGCGAACCGUAAAAAAGAAAUAUAUAUAUAUAUAUAUAUACACACAAAAUGAAUACGUGUGCUUCGCGCCCUUUGUAUUUUGUCUUCUCUUUUCUUUUUUUUUUCUUUUAUUAUUAUUAUUAUUAUUAUUAUUAUUAUUAUUAUUAUUAUUAUUAUUAUUAAUAUUAAUAUUAUUUUUUAUUUUAACAAUGAACGACCACGACCGCAAGCGACGAAUUUUAUGGUCGCUUGUUGUUUCUCCAUAUUUUUUAUCUUUGUUCGUUUCCUUUUCGUCACAUUUAAUUCUCUCGUCCAUCCCACUUGUCGUUUCUCAUUUUUGUUUUAUUUUUUAUUUUCGAUUCUCAAAGCUCUGUGCUGUUCCUUCCCUCAUCCCCAUCCCCGUCCAUGUUCUCAUUCCCUCCCUUUCCCUCGCCACAUCCUAUUCCCUUUCCUCCCUGUAGUUUUUUACGAUAGAGACGACGACGAUGAUUUUUCUCGAACGUCAUUAAGGGUAAUUUAACCUUACGUAAUACAAAGUGUCUUUCACGCAUCGAAACUGACAUUUGAUGUAUUAAAUGUUAUCGAACGGGAAUUGAAGUUUUUUCUAUAGGCGCUGUACAAGCGGCAGCCGCAAAUAUUCCACAAAGACACGAGAUGAUACAUUUAUAUUUAAGUAGCUUUACUAUUAUUAAUGACGAUUAUGAUUAUUACACAUGAGGGGGAAAAAAAAAGAAAAAAAAAAGAGAUGGGAUAAAAAAAAAAAGAAAGGAAAACAAAAUAUAAAUUAGUGUGUGGAGCUGUUUAUACUUAGGACGAUGCAUACGUUUACAACUGUGGUUACGAUUAUUAUGAAUUAUUAUUAUGACUAUGAAUAAAUAAUAUAAAAUUAGUGACAAAACACAUGGACAAGACCAUCAAGUUGCAGCACAGUAGGUAGGCACACCCCAGUACAGUAAGAUUAUUGUAAGAGGAAUAUUAUUAAUAAUAAUUAUAAUAUGACUGCUCGUUUUAUGCUCGGCGCUAUACAUUUCAUUGUCAUUAUUAUAUCACCAUUUAUUAACGAUAUACAUACGAACAAAUAAAAUGUGUUUAUAAAUA